AUUACCAAUCAUUGCAAUGAGAGACCGCGACCAGUGAACUGCCCAUAGACAUUGUUGCUCGUUCAACGUUAUCUAAGUUAUCAGUCAGUUCGGGUGCGGACCGCGGAAUAGGUUUAUCGCUUUCUCCAGAAUUUUGGCGUGCGUAGGUACAAAAUAUGUGUCUAAAAGAAGUGUACAUAGAAGAAAUCAACCAUUCUUAGAAAUCUUAUCAGGCAUCGACAUUUCUGCGGAAAGGCAGCAAUGGUUUUCGUUUUGUCAAAUUUCGAUCUUUGUUUGGUAAUCUUCCGCGGCGACAUCAAAUGGUGAUGGAUAUCUGAUCGUGAAAAGUGAUAAAGGAAGCAGUUUUUUUUGGCAGUAAAGGUCACAGAGAAAAGGAAAAUCAUUAUGUUACUACAAGACAUUCGUAUUUUUUUUUCUUACUUGAGUCAAUUGCAGUAUGAAUGAUCACCUCCGUGUGCGUGCCAUGAAAGUACGUCAUUGAAGAGUAUGCGUAUAAAUGUGUAGAAACGCAGAUUGAAAUAUAUGAAUUAAAAAUUCUUGAAUCAAUGACAUUGUUAUAUCACGAUAGUGUGUACAAGUGAGGUGAAGCAAGAGAAGAGAUGCAGUCAAAACGAUGUAUUUAAUCUACGAAGACUGCAGUAUUGAAAUGGCAAAAUGGGAAAAGCAUAUUUGUUUGUAGACGAGUGUACCUGCUGAAGAAAUGAAUGUUUGUGCCAAAAGUGCGUCAUAAGAAUGUGCAAAUUACGGUCAAUUGUAUGCUACCAGGGUGCAGCCAAAACACAUGAUUUCAAUUCUGAAUGGGUCUGUUUGAGUAGUUAAGUGUCGCCAUCUUGCAUGUAUUCGCGCAAAUCUCUACUCUUCCAAUAGGAAUCAAUCGUCAGUCUGCUCUUCUUGCAUAUUGAUGUCGUCACAAAUAUUUUCUCGUACUUGUGAAUUCUGUGUAGUGUGAGAAGAGGAGUGAGGAGUUGGAAAAAUUUAGCUCCGUGUUUUUGCGUUCGAAAGUUAAUGUUCUGCAAGUGCAAAUUGGUGGAAACGAUGGCGUAACGGAAAGCCUAAUCGAUAUACUAAUCGAGGAAUAGCAGGAAAUGUAAAAAAGUUCACAAAAUGAAUGAAAACUUCGCGGCUGCAGCUGCCGCAAAACAAAUGCCAAUCGAAAAGCUAGUGCGUGUUGGAUAUUACGAUCUUGACAAAACCAUCGGAAAAGGAAACUUUGCUGUCGUAAAACUGGCAUCACAUGUGAUAACAAACUCAAAGGUUGCAAUUAAAAUAAUCGAUAAAACAUGUCUCGACGACGAGAACCUGGCGAAAACAUUUCGUGAAAUAUCGAUACUGAAGGUGUUGCACCAUCCGCACAUUACACGCUUAUACGAGGUUAUAGAGUCACGUAAUAAAAUCUAUCUGGUAACGGAGCACGCGGCGAGGGGCGAAAUAUUUGACCACUUGGUCGCGAAUGGUCGCAUGAAGGAGGAAGAAGCGUCCCGCAUCUUUUCCCAAAUAAUCUCCGCCGUCGACUAUUGUCACAGUAAGGGAAUCGUCCAUCGUGAUUUAAAGGCAGAGAACGUCUUGCUGGACAAUGAGAUGAACGUAAAGCUGGCAGAUUUCGGUUUUAGUAAUACCUUUUCUGAAGGAAUCAACCUGAGGACGUGGUGCGGCUCACCACCAUAUGCAGCUCCUGAAGUAUUUCAAGGAGUGGAAUACGAUGGCCCAAAGUCAGAUAUUUGGAGCCUAGGAGUGGUACUUUAUGUGCUAGUUUGCGGUGCACUUCCUUUCGAUGGUGCAACAUUACAUGAUUUACGAAGUGUGGUCAUCGCAGGAAAGUUUCGCAUACCAUUUUUCAUGUCACAGGAAUGCGAACACCUGAUUCGGCAUAUGCUUGUAGUGGAGCCUGAAAAGCGAUACACGUUAAAGCAGAUAGCGAAUCAUAAAUGGCUGGAAAUGUACAAUGCUAUUCCGAUGCUUGAGAAAGCAUCCUACCAAACGACAGAAGGCACAAAUCUAGACACAAUUGUAAUGACUCAUAUGUUGCAGCUCUCUGGCCUUACCGCUGAUAUGAUCGCACAGUCCGUACAUGAAAAUCGCUUCGACCACAUUUACGCAAUCUAUUAUCUGCUAGUGGACAAACUAAAGCAAAAGCGAAAAGAGAAAAGUAGGUUACAACAUCACGCCAGCUUAGCUUAUUCACGUUCCCGAAAGACUAGUAUUACAACAGGCGUAGUGGACAGAACAGAAGUAUUCAAAAAUGAUUCACUGGAAAGGUUAAGCCCACUUACAAACAUGGGCUCGCCGAUACUGAAUAUGUCCGCUGGCCUAAGCACAACAGAAGAGUUAGAAAAAUAUGACACUGAAACUGCAAACAUGCCCAAAACUCCGGAAUCUACGGAUCAUCUGUUUCCACCAUCGUGCGCAAAUACAUCGGCCAAUACAAGACGUCAUACUGUAGGGCCUGGCGAUGUGGCUCAUGAACAGGCAUUGGUAAAUCCAAAUGCACCCAUCAAUUUUAAAGUUGGCUCAGCAGAACAGCAACCUCACACGCAGAAUGUUCCCAUCAAUAUUCCGAUGCUGCAGAAUCAACCAAUUCAUAAUCUCACAAUCAAGGAUCAGCAUUUGUUGAAACCACCCACCGUCAUGGGUGCAACUGGUGCUUUUGGAAGAAGAGCAUCCGACGGAGGUGCUAAUCUACACAUAUACUAUCCAACUUCAACCAACAUCAGUGAGCAACCGGUUGGGGAAGUUGUAUAUGGCAGUCAAGCUACACAUGUAAUAAACCCUGUUCCGUUGAUCAAUGACCAUCCGAUGCCGGCGCCUGUUGGUCCUGAAAUUACUGAUGAUAGUAGCGAUGAAAUACAAAGAUAUAUGCACGGUCGGGGAUGCACAAAACGGCACACGGUGGGAUGCACCGAUGAUCUAUCUGAUAAUAACACAACGCCAAUGGAGCCUCCACAAGCGCACUCGCCGGCUCCGUCUACUGCAGGAAUAAGUGGAGGGGGGCGUACACGAAGGACUGGUUUGCUAACCGUUAUGGAACGGCCUCCAGUGAUUAGUCCUGAACUUGUACGAGAAGUAGAGGCCCGAAUGAACCGCAACUAUCUACCUCCCUCGCUAAUGAGUACAUCGAUGAUGCCAGCGCCUUUACCUCUACUACCAGCGCAUAUGUCCAGUAUUGGUGCAGGUGGAUCCGGAUCGAUCCUUCCGAUGAGUGGUUUGUCCGGGCUUCAACCUGCCAGAUUGAGUGCUCCAGUUCCAGUGUUCGGAGGAAUUGGAAUAUCAAACGGAGUAGAACAAAGCCCUCCACCUCCUCCUUCUUCCACCGGUUCCUCCUUACAAGCUACUUCGACACAUCCCAAUAUCCCUAGCACUGCACUGCCGAAUGUUUGUAGUAGACGCUUCCCUAGAACAUUUAAAUUGCCUACCGUUCAGGAGAUUGGUCGCUACAGUCCGGUUCGCCGAGCUUCCGAAGGUUCCAAAAUAAACACACAUUUCCAAGGACCAUUCCAAGAGUGCCAGCAGCUUCAAAGAGGCCUCAACGCAAAUGGCGGCCAGCAACGUAACCUGCUUAUUACACCAAGUCCUCCAUUGGCGGAUAAUUCGGUAAGCUUACCAGGUUCGCCAAUGCACUGCAAACCUUUUGAUGACAGAUCUCAGCAAGACAUUACACUGCCCCAGGAUAUGAUAUUAUCACUGGCUCCUGGGCUAGAAAAGCUAGUGUUAGAAAAGCGGAUACAGAUAGAAACAGCAAAGAGCAUCAUGAAUACGCGAACAGUGCCAUUCGAAGUGCGGCAGCAGCUAGGGUUAUUUGCCCCCGCUGUAACUCCGGAUAUAGGUUACACAUUGCAGCAACAGCUGCAGCACAGUCAAAGCGUUUCACCACUUACAGCAAGACCGGGCACUCUUCAGCACAACUUUGCGGGUAGUAGUAUAGGUUCUGCAAAUUAUGGUUAUUUCGGGGGUCUACCACCACCAGGCACCAUACCUGGACUGAACUUUCCAUGCAGUAAUAGUAAUAGUGGAUGUGCAUCUCCUGUGCAUUAUAAUGAAUGUCCCUCGCCUAUCGGAGGUGGUGCCUCGCCUAUGCAUCAAAUAACACGUGGUAUUAGUAGUAUGAAUACUGGUGGAAGUGCAACUUCAGCAGCUGGAGGUUCGAUAACUAGAGGAACUUCUGCUGCUUUUUCGUUGUCUUGCAAUGAACCGUUAGAUCUUAGUAUGGAUGUAGUCAAUAGCGAAGAACUUGAUUAUUCAAGAAAUAACUAUUUAAUGAAUCCGUCGACCGCUAGUGGUUCAACCCUGAAUUAUCUAGAUAUGAAAAAUUUUAGCCUUAUGCCGCCACAGCAAAUGCGUCUAACUGCAACACCCCCAACAUCGCCUAAUCUAUGUAUAAUACAAGAAGAAAGUUCAAAUUCUGUCGUAAUGCAAGACAGCGUUACGUACAGAAGCCAAUCUGCUGGUGCUUCUCCGGAAGAUUUGAGUUUCCAACAUACUCAUCCUCAGAUAUACUUGACGGAUGUGCAAGGGAGUGAAAUCACCCUAGUUGCAUCGUCUGACUCUAGUCAUGAUAGUGACGAUUCGCUCAAUUGCAAGAGUUCAGGACUAGGAUUUCAGGGUUUGCUGAUUUCGGAACCCUCAAGUGAUAUGCCUUCUAUAACCCGUGGUGUCGGAAGGAAAGCUAGUCUCGAAACAGAAAACAUUUCAACGUCAACCUCGGCAAAGUUGGAUACGGACACUAGUGAGUCUUAUGCUCGCCGAGGCAGUGAUAAGUCACUCGGUUUUAGUGACGAUAGUUUAAGCAAUGAUUCAAACCAUUCGAAUCUUUCACCUAGUCAAGAACCGUCCGCAAGUUCCGGUUUCAAAAGUUGCGAUUCUCAUUCCGAGCAAGAUGCCCGGCUUAGUCCGGAUUCUUUGUGUGAGAAUAAGAUGGAUGAGUGUUAUGAGCUACCCUUGCCGCAAGAAUGUUCCGCACUUGAUUCGUCUCGAAUAUUAGAGCUAGUGAAGCGAAGAAUUGAUUCUAAAGUGCCACCGAUGGGUUGCGUUUUCCAUACACCGAAAACAGAUCUGGACGGUGGCCAUCAUAGUCGCAGUGAAAUGAAUAGUUCCUUGGCGAUGGGGGAAAGCUCCAAUCUCAGUCUAGAAUACUCGGGUGGGCUGCAGAUUGAGUUGCAAGUUUUCGAAGGGCGCAUGAAGGACAGCCAUAAUAGUGGAAAAGGCAUUAAGCUGCGGCGGAUAUCCGGAGAUCAUAACGAAUACGGAAAGCUCUGUCAGCAAUUGAUAACUUCGCUCACUGUUUGAAAGUACGAUAGCCGUUUGACAGUCAAGUGCCGCCGGCGUAUUUGAGUUUUUGUUUUUUAUUUUAUCGCAAGCAAUACUCUUAUUUAUUUAUUCGCAUACAAAAAAAGAUUGUGUUCGUUGUGUUCUUGCAUAAUGAUCACAAUUGUGCUAAAGCUCUUUUUAUAACUUUAUUAGAGUGAUUUUCAAUCGAUCGCUCCAUCUCGCAUGUAUAUACUUCCUUUUAUAUACGAACGAUUUUUGUGAACAAGCAUAAAAUAUACUCUUCAAUGAAA